CUUUCCUUUUCUCUUUGCAAAUUUUCAGGCAGUCCAAACAAGCCCCACCUUACAGUCUUAGAAAUACAGAUUAGCCAGGGGACACCAUCAUCAUUACUUGCUUUGAAAAACCGCCUUUAAAUUGCUGACACAUGAUACAAGCAACUGAGAUUCCAUUCCCCACCACACCUUCCUUCUUUUGAUUCCAAAAGAAAAAUCCUAUCUCACUGCAUAUUCAUUUGUAAGAUGGAAGGAAUCGUAGUUAGAAGAGUUAUUCCCUCAGACAACAGUUGCCUUUUCAAUGCUGUUGGGUAUGUCAUGGAUCAUGACAAAAAUAAAGCUGCAUAUUUGAGACAGGUUAUAGCUGCAAUAGUGCAAAGCGAUGCAACAAAGUAUUCUGAAGCAUUUCUUGAAAAGCCAAAUGAGGAAUAUUGUGCUUGGAUUCUCAACCCUGAGAAAUGGGGAGGUGCGAUUGAGCUUUCAAUAUUAGCAGAUUAUUAUGGCCGGGAAAUUGCAGCAUAUGAUAUCCAAACUGGCCGAUGUGAUGUGUAUGGUCAGGAGGCAGGUUAUGAUGAAAGGGUUAUGCUGAUCUAUGAUGGACUGCACUAUGAUGCCUUGGCUAUGUCUCCAUUUGAUGGAGCUCCAGAAGAGUUUGAUCAGACUGUAUUUACAGUACAAACAGACAGGGCCAUUGGUCCAAUCGAGGAACUUGCCCUUAACCUUGUUAAGGAACAACAAAGGAAAAGGAGAUUUACCGACACAACCAACUUCACAUUGCGGUGUGGUGUAUGCCAAAUUGGAGUCAUUGGCCAGAAGGAGGCUAUGGAGCAUGCCCGAGCAACAGGUCAUGUCAACUUUCAAGAAUACAGAUGAUAGAAAUUAUGAGAAACACAGAAAAACAUGCAUAUUUUCUUUCAGCGAACUCCAAACUCCAUGAGCCAGAGUUGAUUGGAUUCUGUAAUGUAGUUGAUGAAGCAUUUAAUUAGAUUAUUUAAAACCAAUAAGUGCUUCAACUUACUUGGUGGGAAACUGUUUUUGUACAAUUUUUAUGUUGUGCCAAAUGAAAAGAUCCUUCCGAUUGUGUUGAAGUGUUGUAUGUGAGAUUGAUGGUUGCUUUGAAUUGGGUUUACCCUAAGACAUCGUGUUCAGGCAAACAGCUAAAUCGUGGCCACUUGGGCAGUUUGAUUGAUUAUUGGUACAGAAUAUUAUAUAUUACAUAUCUGGGUCACCGCCUGAAGCUUUA